AAAUCUAUUACACUCAAGGUCAUCUUCCAAAGCGAUUCCGAUCACAGCAUCGUUGUUCCGGUUACAUACCAGCUUGAAAGCUUGACAGCACCAUGACCACCGUACAGCAGCUUUAUUCACUUGAGGGCCAGACAGCCCUCGUCACAGGCGGCACACGAGGAAUCGGUCAAUCGAUGGCCAUUGCCCUCGCCGAAGCAGGCGCAGACAUCCUCCUCGUACAGCGCGACGACUCGAACCAGCAAACCAAACAAGCUGUCGAAAAUCUCGGCCGUAAAGCCACGAUCUACACGGCCGAUCUAUCUUCGAACGAGAGCGUGACCGAGCUCACCCCCAAGAUCCUGAAGGACGGUCACAGAGUCCACAUCCUGCUCAACUGUGGCGGCAUCCAGAAACGGCACCCCGCGCACCAAUUCCCAGACUCAGACUGGAACGCCGUGCUCCAGGUCAAUCUGACCUCCGUAUUCACGCUCUGCCGGGACAUUGGCGCACACAUGCUCAGCCAGCCCGCAGACCUGCCCCUGCAGCGCCGCGGCAGCAUCAUCAACGUUGCAUCCCUCCUGACCUUCCAGGGCGGGAUCACUGUGCCUGCGUACGCGGCGUCGAAGGGUGGCGUGGGUCAGUUGACCAAGGCGCUGAGCAAUGAGUGGGCGAGCAAGGGCGUUAGUGUGAAUGCGAUUGCGCCGGGGUAUAUUGCGACGGAUAUGAACGAGGCGCUGAUCAAGGAUGAGAAGCGCGCCGAGAGUAUUCUUAGUAGGAUACCUGCGGGUAGGUGGGGGAGCCCGGAGGAUUUUAAGGGCACAGUGGUGUUCCUUGGGAGCGCGGCGAGUGCGUAUGUGUCUGGUGAGGUGUUGACUGUUGAUGGCGGGUGGAUGGGUAGGUAGAAUGGUCGAGGUGCUGCAUAGACUUAGAUUGCUGUAGUUGAAGACUCUGACUUCCAUCAUGGAAAUGUCGAAGCUGAGAUGGUAGUAACUUGAUAAUGGCUGAGGUAUACGUGAGUGUUACAUGUUUAAACGAGGCAGCAGGCAAACUUGAACUUCAGUAGCUUUCAGGGAGCGAGAACUCCGUACUAGAGUCACUCUGCACAAUGACAGAGCAACUUCGAGACGACGCGCAUUU